AUGUCAUUACCGGGAUUCUCUAAGGAACAUGAGGCCAAGUAUGGCGUGACCAAUACAAUCACCAUCCCGCCGAUGUCGGAAUGGAGAUUCGAAGUGCCUCACAAGAACAUAGUUAAAGUAAAGGUAACCAAAGGUAUAGGAGAGAUCUUUGGUACAGAAUUGGCUAUUGGAUACGAGUAUCAGUUUCUGGGAGUUAAAUAUGGACUUUUCGUUCCUCCACAACAAGUGGAAAACUUGGAAGAAGUCGUUACUGCCGAUGGAGAUGAGAUUGAAGGAUGCACUGUUGAGUUCACCUUAAUAGAGAACACCGACCAUUCAAGUUAUUCCUCUGAAAGUAUUCAGUUCAUUGAAUAUAUAUCUGAUGACACCGAGUCAAUGAAACAGUAUCUAUCGCUACAUUUCAUGCUUGAAUCACUAAGAGAACAGGCAAAGUUUCAACUGAUGCUCAAUCGUGUGCAACCUCAAUUGGGACCGAGAGUCUUGAUACUUGGUAAUGACAAUCUGGGUAAAACCACACUAGCCAAGAUUCUUUCAGGUUAUGCGUGGAAGGGGGGGAACGUGCCUAUAUUGGUCAACUUGGACCCUCAAGAAGGGGUCUUCUCCAUGCCUACAUCCUUAACCGCUGUCGGAGUUAGCGAUAGAUUUGAUUUGGAAAGUUGUGGAGGGUAUGGAACCACGACCACAUCCAAUGUUACGUUACAUAACCCGAAACAGCCAUUGGUCAAGAACUUUGGGUUCUUCCUGGUCGACGAGAACCCGGACUUGUACAAGCUACAGACGGAGAAGCUUUCGCUUGCGGUGUUAAGUCGGUUGAAAGAGGAUGAAGAGUGCAGAUACGGUGGGAUUAUUGUUGACACCCCAUCAUCAUUAAAGAAGAACUUGGAUCUAUUGGACACGAUUGUUAGUGACUUUGAGAUCAACGUUAUAGUUGUUCUUGACAACGAACGAGUGUUGGUUGAUUUGAAGCGUAAGUUCCAACAUAAACUCCGGGCACUCACCAUAGUUAAAGUACCAAAGAGUGGAGGAAUACUGGAUGCAGACUCCGACGGAAGAUCCAAACGAUUACAACAACAGCAAAUGGUUAGAGAAUAUUUCAAUGGUAAUUUCAAACUCUCGUUAUCACCGUUCAAGACGGAGAUAGUGAUAAAUGAUUAUGUUUUCUUUAAGGUGCUUGAGAAGGUUGAGGACUUCAACCAGUUUUUACCAUCUACGGAUUCCUUUGCUGGAGACGAUGACGAUGAAGCUGGAGGAGAUAAGGCGGAUGACAAACUGAAGGACAGCCAUGAGGACAAGUACUACAGUCUUAUCGAACUGCCUACAGAAAGUGACUUGGAGAAUUGCGUGGUAGCAGUGACCCAUUUACCGCUGGCAGGGUACACCAUCAAGGCAUUAUUGAAGGCCAGUGUCUUGGGAUACAUUCACAUAUCUAAAGUUGAUGAUGAUAAGGGGAGAGCGAAGGUGUUACUUCCCUUCCCUGGUAAUCUACAAAAGAAUGUCUUGAUAGUCACUAAGUUGAGCUACACAGAAUGA